AGGUCUCGGGCCCUCAGGCGGAGCGGCGGGCGCCGGACCCCCAGAUGGAGCGACAGGUCUCGGGCCCUCAGGCGGAGCGGCGGGGGCCGGACCCCCAGGUGGAGCGACAGGUCUCGGGCCCUCAGGCGGAGCGGCGGGCGCCGGACCCCCAGGCGGAGCGACAGGUCUCGGGCCCUUAGGCGGCGCCGACGGGCGACUCGGGCCCCCAGGCCCCAGGUCUCGGGCAGGGGGGCGGCGGGCACCGAGUCACCAGGCACAACAGUGGGCUCCGAGUCAACUGGGAUGACCGCUGGCACUGGGUCAGACAUUGGAUCGUCUGGCUGGACAGCGGGCAUCGGGUCACCAGGCAUCAGGUCAUUUGGCUCGACAGCGGGCACCGCGUCAUCUGGCAAGGCAGUGGGCUCCGAGUCAACUGGUAUGACCGCGGGCACUGGGUCAGACAUUGGAUCGUCUGACUGG